AAAGUGUCAAAGUCAAGAACAGGAACAGCUGUUAUCAAAAUAGUUAUCAAACUGCAAACACUGGAGAGAAUGUAAAUAAAACGAAUUGUUCAUAAAUGAAGGCUCACAAAUAAUUAGCACGAUGUGUACUAAAGGAGCAGCUAUAGCCGAGUUAUUUACGAAGGCAAUUGCAACCACUAAAGGAUUCGAUCAAAAUCUUCGAAAGUUGAAAGUAGUAUGCUGUGACAAUGGACGGAUGACAACUGAAUUUCAAGUGGGUCCUGAACAUCUGAACCAGCGUGGAACACUACACGGUGGAUUCAUAGCUCAUUUAGUAGAUGCCAUAUCAACAUAUGCACUAACAACUAAUGAAAAAGUUGACACAAGAGGAGUUUCAAUAGAACUAAGUGUGAGCUACAUGAGUGCAGCCAGAGUUGGAGAUAAUGUUGAAGUUGAAGCUAUCACAAAAAAGGUUGGAAAGAAAAUUGCUUUCCUAGAAGUCCUAGUGAGGAAUAAAGACAAGGAUCAGUUACUGGCUACCGGUAGACACACCAAAUACAUAGGAAUAUAAUAAUCUGUCUUGUAGCUAAUUAUUUUGUAGAUAUUUUGUUGUAGCUAUAAACUAAACAGUGAUUUUCUGAUAUGUACAAAAUGUAUUUUGGUUUAGAUUGUUCUUUUAUUUUUAUUGAAUAAAAUAUCCUUUUCUUUUCAUAUUGUAAUUUCUGUACUAUGUAUAUGUAAUGUAGUAAUAAUUAUAACUAGAAUGUGCUUCACUUAGUAGUAAAAAUACAUGUGUAGUUUAAUGUUUCAUUCAUACCAUAAAACUAUAAUUAAUUUCAGUACCACAGAUUAAAACAGGUAGUUGGUUACCUAAGGAUUUCAAAUAAAACAACACUUACA